AAAUAUGGCAUGGAAAAUACCAAAUCCUACCGGAAAAAGAACUAGAUGAAAGAACACUUGAUGGAUUAACUGAAAAAUUUGUCCGCCACCUUCCAGACAUUCUGGAAAAGUCUAAAUUGAGUUCAGUUGAGAAACUACCUUAUAUGACUAUGAUGAGGGCCUCUUUGGAUUUGGAGGAACGAUUAGAGAUUUUAAUCAGCAUCCCAGACCGCCAAAAAAUUGAGAAGCAACUGGAUGACGAAACUAAGGAAGAAAUUAAAAAACAGCAGGAAGAAUAUUACCUUCGUGAAAAGCAAAAAGCGAUUGAAAGAAAAUUAAAAAAAAAAGGAACCUAUGGGAGCAAUGAAAUGCGGAAAUACUUGGAAAAAAUCGAAAAAGAGAAUUAUCCUGAUAAUGUAAAAAAGGAAAUUAAUGAUUUAAAUUUUGCACGGCAAAAACUGGAUGAAAAACACUAUGGUCUUGUGGAAAUAAAAGAAAAAAUUAUUGAGUAUUUAGCCGCCCAGCAAAAAGCCAACAAGACACUAGGACAGGUUGUUUGUCUAGUAGGUCCUCCGGGGGUAGGAAAAACCUCCCUAGCGGCCUCAAUUGCCGAAGCAACUGGACGGAAUUUUGUUAGCAUUUCCGUAGGGGGAAUUCGUGAUGUAGCCGAAAUUCAAGGUCACCGCCGCACUUAUAUUGGGGCUAUGCCAGGUCGAAUUGUCCAGGCGAUGAAAAAAGCCCAAGUAAUUAACCCUUGUUUUCUAAUUGACGAAGUCGAUAAAAUUUCUGCUGAUUACCGUGGCGACCCAGCCUAUGCAUUGUUGGAGGCUCUCGACCCGAAUCAAAAUAAAAAAUUUAUUGACAAUUACCUGGGGGAAGAAGUUCCUUAUAACCUUUCCGAAGUAAUGUUUAUUUGCACUGCUAAUGAUGAACGAGAACUACCAUUACCUUUGCUUGAUAGGAUGGAAGUAGUCCGACUUUCUUCCUACACGGAAAUUGAAAAGUUUCACAUUGCCAAAGA